CUCUAAAUUUAGUGACUACCGCGUAAUUUCCUAGAAAAGAAUUUUGAAACCCUAACCCUCAAAAUUGCGCUAACCCUCCCCUGCGAUUACAAGGGAAAUUCCAUCUCUCUCUACGGAUUGCAGAUUCCUCUCUUCUUCUCUAUCCGAAAACUUCAACUUCCUAGUAUCAAUUAAAUUUACUUUUCGACGAAAGAAAUUGAAGAAUUGGAUUUUUUCGACGAUUCCAAAUUCUUGAAGAAAGAUUUAAAGAAAAAAAUGGAAGUUGAUUCUGAUAUGCAUGAUUCUGCCACAAAUGCACCUGAAAAAGUAACCCCAACCGUGCAGAUGGUUGGUGCGCAGUCGUCUUCGAAAGAAAAGGUGAAGGAGAAGGAUGAAAUUAUGGACUCGAUGGAGAAGUUGCAAAUUCAGGAAUCGUCAUCGGACUUCAAGAGGAAACCUGUCAUUAUUAUUGUUGUUGGAAUGGCAGGAAGUGGAAAGACAACUUUUAUGCAGCAGCUGGUUUGCCAUACACAUGCUUCAAAGCUUCGUGGUUAUGUGAUUAACCUGGAUCCUGCUGUUAUGACCCUUCCUUUUGGUGCAAAUAUUGAUAUAAGGGACACGGUUAAGUACAAGGAAGUUAUGAAGCAGUUCAACCUUGGUCCUAAUGGAGGCAUUUUGACGUCACUAAAUCUUUUUGCGACAAAGUUUGAUGAGGUUGUUUCAGUUGUUGAGCGUAGAGCUGACCAGCUUGAUUAUGUGCUGGUGGACACACCUGGGCAGAUUGAGAUAUUUACUUGGUCUGCCUCUGGAGCCAUAAUUACUGAAGCCUUUGCGUCUACUUUUCCGACCGUGGUUGCUUAUGUAGUUGAUACCCCACGCUCUUCGAACCCAACCACAUUCAUGAGCAAUAUGCUGUAUGCUUGUAGCAUCCUUUACAAGACACGGCUGCCUCUUAUCUUGGCAUUUAACAAGACUGAUGUAGCUCAGCAUCAGUUUGCUUUGGAGUGGAUGGAAGACUUUGAGGCAUUUCAUGCAGCACUUGAGUCUGAUGAAUCCUACACUUCAACUUUGAGUCGAAGUCUAUCUCUUGUGCUUGAUGAAUUCUAUAAAAAUCUAAAAUCAGUAGGUGUUUCUGCACUCACUGGUGCUGGAAUGAAUGAGUUCUUUAAAGUCAUCGAUGAUAGUGCUGAAGAAUACAUGGAGACUUACAAAGCUGAUCUUGAUAAGAGACGGGCAGAGAAGCAACGGCUGGAAGAGGAUCGCCAGCGUGAGAAUAUGGAGAGGCUGAGGAAGGAAAUGCAGAAGUCGAAUGGAGACACUGUGGUUCUGAGCACUGGCUCGAAGGGCAAAGAGGCUGGAAGCAAGAGCAUGCUUGAGGACGACGAGGAAGAUGAAGAUGAGGAAGAAGAUGAAGAUGAGGGGCUUAGCGAUGAAGACGAUAUGGUAGAUGAUGAAGAUGAAGAUGAAGAUGAAGAGGUUGCUUCAUUUUCUUUCUAACAGUAAGGGACGGACUUACUCCUAGUUAUUAACACUCAAAUGAAAAAAAGUCUCCAUCUUUUGGAAAGUUCUGGAAAAGCCUGUAGAGUUGCAAUCCCAAAUCUAAUCUACAUGGUUGUCAUAUUCAAAAACAACUAAAAAAAGAAAUCUAAAACUCUGAUAUAGUGAAAUGUAAUUAUAUUUUCAAUAGGAAAAAAUAAUAUUAAACUUAGUGUACCAUUUUAACUUCAAA